UAAAGUUCUGAAGUUCUUGGUGUUAUAAAAGUAAAUAAACUUAUUGUAAAAUUAAACAAAGAUAUGUUUAACAAGCUUAGUGUCAAGUUAUCAUCUGUUAAUGCUACAGAAAUAAAUCCUAAUAAAGCAUUGUCAUCAAUCAAUCCAUCAACUAGUUUAACAGAAAUUCAGUUAAAGAAACCUAGUUUUAUGUGUUCUGCUUGUAUGAUGUCGUUUACAAGAAAAGAUAACAUGAAAAGACAUGCAUUACAGGCACAUAAAACCAUUUUUAGAGAUAAUCAAUCCAAAGAUAAAAGAACGCCAUGUCAUUAUCAAAACUGCAGCCAAGUAUUUUUUCAAAACGUCAAACUUAUUAAACACAUAGAGGAGUGUCAUGAAGGUAUAUUUACCAAAGAAUCUUACAUUUUUUUAUCAGAAUCUGAAAAAGAGGAACUUAAUAGUUAUGUUUUUUUCAGUAAACAAACUGGUAGUUUUUUCACUGGAAAAAAUAUAAAUAAAGAUGUAAAAACAAGUUAUUAUAUUUGUCAAAAUGAUGGUCAUUCAAAACCGCAUCGCUCUGUUAGUGAACCAGCAAGAAAAACUAAUAAAAGGUACUACAGAGGGAGUGUUAAAUCAGGUGCUUUCUGCCCUGCCAGAAUGAUUGUCAAAGUAAACAUAAAUGGUGUCACUAAUGUUCAGUAUAUCAAAACUCAUAACCACAGUAUUGGUAUUACAAAUACCAUGUAUCAACCUAUACCAGGUAAUAUUAAAAAAAACAUUUCCGCUAAAUUAUCAAAAGGUGUGCCUGUAAAUACAGUUUAUUGUGAUCUUAGAGAAAGUUUUGGAGACAGACAAAAUAGAAAUGAUGAAGAUACUGUUUUAACUAAAUCACAUCUUCUUACAAAAAAAAACAUUUCUGAUAUCAGCAGAGCAGUAAAAAAAGGAUGUCGGCUUCACCCUGAUGAUAGCGUUUCAACUUUUUUACUUGUUCAAAAGUUGAAGUCUGAAGAUUUUAAUAGCAUUCUCGUUUAUAAGUCACAAGGACAGCAAACUGUUAUUGGCCCAAAGGUGUAUGAUGACAUUGACCUUAAUAAGGAUUUCUUUGUGGUUGGUAUACAAACAAAGCAUCAACUAUCAAUGUUUGAAACACAUUCAUCUCAAAUUGUUUGUAUUGAUGCUACACAUUGUACCAAUCAGUAUGCAUUCCCUCUUGUAACUUUACUAGUUCGAGAUGAAUUUAAAAGGGGUUAUCCAGUAGCUUUUCUUAUUUCCAAUCAUGCAGAUGAACAAACCAUAACACCAUUUUUAGAGGAAAUAAAAAGAAGAUGCAAUAAUUCUGUAAAAGUUAAUGCUGUUAUGACAAAUGAUGAUUUGUCAGGAUGGAAUGCUUUUACUAAUGUUUUUGGAGAUGUGCGCCACUUGCUAUGCAAAUGGCAUAAAAAAAGUGCAUGGCGCAAUAAACUUCCUUUAGUUGGUCCAACUAAUUUACAAGAAGAAGUUUAUAGGAUCUUAGAGACAAUCAUUGACGAAAAAAACCCUGAUGUUUUUUUAUCAACUAUGAAUGGUUUUGUAAAGGCAUAUGAACAUAAAUGUCCUAACUUCAUUAGUUACUUUGUUACAUACUAAACUCCACUACAUCUAAAAUGGACUUCCUGUUAUCGCAACUUUCAACAUGCAGACACUGAUACUAAUAUGUUAUGUGAAUUAUUUCAUAACAAAUUAAAAACAGUUUAUAUGGAAAGACGACCUAAUAAAAGGUUAGUUGAUUUAAUUAAUUUACUUUUAACAAUCGAAGAAAAUAAUUAGUGGCACCACAAAAGUUAUUUAUCUUGGAACAAUAUCUCUCCCAAAAAAGUAUAAAAAAAGACAUGAGAAAGGAA